AUCUAUGCGGAAGUGAUGACGUUGACUAGCAUUUUGUCAUGCUCAGUCUAAACAGGCAGAUUGGAUCUAUUACAAUGACCAGCUGUUUGUUUAGUUUGUAAACGGAUCAUGGCUGCUCUGAGACAGCGCAUCUAAAUCGAUAUUGGAAGGCUUUAAAUAAAGCGGGAGUAGGAGAUAAAUCAUGUUAUGCUGUAUCCAGUGCUUUAGCUAGCCUCCGGAAGGUUAGCUUGUUAGCUAAGUUUCUAUAUUACAGACCGCAGAAUUAAAUAGGAGGGGGUGUAAACUUUUGGACACUUUCGACAAGCACAAUGGAUGACAAGUACAGCAGUAAUGUCAUUUCAGGUGGAAAGCUGGGCCGCGUUGAAGUGCCCAAUGCCAGAUUGACAAGAUACAUAGUGCUUCUCUUCUUCACCAAGCUGUUAAAGGCUUUAGGGAUUUUUGAGUCCUAUGACCUCCUCAAAAUUGUACAUAUUGUGCAGUUUCUCUUCAUACUUAAGUUCGGAUGUGCGAUGAUUUUACUUUUCUUUCAAAAGCCCUUUUCAUCAGGAAAAAUCAUCACCAAAAGACAGUGGAUCAAAAUCUUCAAGCACGCCGUGAUCAGCUGUGUGAUCUCUCUUCUGGGAUUCUUCGGCCUGACGCUCUGUGGGCCGCUCAGGACGCUGCUGUUGUUCGAGCACAACGACGUGGUGGUCAUCGCUUUCCUCACCGUUCUCUUCACCGCCUCAGAUGGAGGCCCGUCUAAGACGAGAGGCGCUGCGUUCUUCAUCAUCGCAGUCGUCUGCCUCCUGCUCUUCGAUAACGACGACCUCAUGGCAAAGAUGGCUGAACACCCUGAAGGACACCAUGACAGCGCCCUCACGCAUGCCUUACAUACAGGAAUCUCGCUUCUAGGCGUGGCCGACCAUAAAGGUGGCGUCGUGUUGCUGGUUUUGGCGCUGUGCCUGAAGGUGGCGUUUCACACACACUCCAGGAAGCUGUCGGUGGAAAUCGGUGGAGCCAAGCGCCUGUACGCUCUGUCCAACCUGGUCGCCUCGGCUCUGCUGCUGCCCUGGGUGUUCGUGCUCUCCGCUACAACAGAGAGCAAGGUGGAGUCGUGGUCCAGUCUGCUCUUGCCCUUUGGCAUGAUCGUCUUCUCUGUGAUGAUCCUGGACUUCUACGUGGAGUCCAUCUGCACGACGAAGCUCGAGGCCCCGCGCUGCGCCCGCUACGGCUCUUACUUCCUGUUCCUCAGCGGCCUGUUCCUAGCCAACUUCUGGACCCACCCGCUGACGGACCAGUUUCGGAGCAUGAGGACGGGCGGUGGCCAGCAGUCCAGCACCGAGCAUGUGCUGUCUGGAGGAGUGCUGGUCAGCACCUGCUUCUUUAUCCUGUCCACCAGCAUCCUCUCCUCUCCUUCUAAGAAAGGCCAGAAAGGAACUCUAGUGGGCUAUUCCCCUGAAGGAACUCCUCUGUAUAACCUCAUGGGCGAUGCUUUGCAGCACAGCUCUCAGUCACUGCCUCGCUUCAUCAAAGACUCGCUCAAACAAAUCCUCGAGGAGUACGACUCGCGACAGAUCUUCUACUUCCUGUGCCUCAACUUGGCCUUCACAUUCGUCGAGCUGUUCUAUGGCGUGUGGACCAACAGCCUUGGCCUGAUCUCUGACGGCUUCCACAUGCUCUUCGACUGCUCGGCUUUGGUACUCGGACUCUUCGCGGCCCUCAUGACCAGAUGGAAGGCGACAAGAAUAUACUCUUAUGGGUACGGCCGUGUUGAGAUCCUCUCAGGGUUCGUGAAUGGCUUAUUCCUCAUGGUCAUAGCCUUCUUUGUGUUUGUGGAGGCGAUCUCCAGACUGAUUGACCCUCCCAAUAUUAACACCGUCAUGCUAGCGCCGGUGUCUGUGGGUGGCCUCAUCGUGAACCUUUUGGGCAUCUGCGCUUUUAGCCACGCCCACUCCCAUGGCGCCUCAAAGUCCGCCUGCUCCGGUCAUGACCAUGGCCACUCGCACCACGGUCACGCGCACGGAGACCACGGACAUGGAGGACACGGGCACAGCCACGGAGGUCACGGUCACUCUCACGGACACGGGCACUCCCAUGGCUCGGGAGGAAGAGGCAUGAACGCUAACAUGAGAGGAGUCUUCCUGCAUGUCCUGGCUGACACGCUGGGCAGCGUAGGAGUCAUCAUAUCUACAAUCCUGAUCAGUCAGUUUGGCUGGCUGAUAGCAGACCCCAUAUGUUCCCUGUUCAUUGCCGUACUCAUCUUCCUCAGCGUCAUUCCCCUGCUGAAGGACUCUUGUGAAGUUCUUUUACUGAGAACUCCACCUGAGAAUGAGAAGGAGCUUAACUUUGCCCUUGAGAAGAUUCAAAAAAUCGAAGGCGUCUUGUCUUACCGUGACCCGCACAUCUGGAGGCAUUCUGCUAACGUCCUUGCCGGCACCAUUCACCUACAGAUCAUGUCCGAUGUUGUGGAGCAGAGAAUCAUCCAGCAGGUUACUGCAGUGCUGAAGGAUGCAGGUGUGAAUAAUCUGACCGUGCAGGUGGAGAAGGAAGCGUAUUUCCAGCACAUGUCAGGCCUGAGCACAGGAUUCCAUGAGGUUCUGGCAAUGACGCAGCAGAUGGAGGCCAUGAAAUAUUACAAGGAUGGCACAUGCAUUAUGUAAAAAUGUAUUAUAAAAAGAUUUAAUUGUGUUUUUUCUCAUGUAAAUAAAACUUUUAAGAAAUAA